GCUGCAAAUAAAAGAGACGAGCUAAAAAAAACUGUUUGGCGCGUGGGGGUAAAUAAUAAUCAUAGGUGAGGAAGAAGAAGAAACAAAGCUAGCGAGCGAGCGAGCGAGAGGAGAGAUCUGAAUUAGGGUUUUAUUAUUAUUUGAAUUUCAAUUCACAAAGGUCAGUGAGUGUCGUUAAUUCAAUUCUUAAUUUUAACGUAUAAAUUUUUAAAUUGUGUGAAAUUUCGUUAAAUUAGAGGAAAAAUGGUGAGUUUGGUAUCGUAUUUGAUGAUGAUUGUUUGUGAGAAAGAGAUGUGGUUUAUGUCAUUUGCAGGGAGAGGAGAGGUAGAGAAAGAGAGAGAACUUUUUCUUGUUGUGAGUCUGCGAGAGCUAAGAGAGCCAUUUCCGUUGAAUUUGAGUGUUGUUUUUAGGGUUUCUCCGUUGUUUUUUUCCAUUUCUUCUUCUUCUUCUUCGACUUCAUCAUGGACCGAAAGCUUGUGGUGUUGGGAAUUCCGUGGGACGUGGAUACGGAAGGUUUGAGAGAAUACAUGACCAAAUUUGGAGAAUUGGACGAUUGUGUUGUUAUGAAGGAACGCUCAUCAGGUCGCUCUCGUGGGUUUGGAUAUGUAACAUUUGCAUCAGAAGAAGAUGCAAAGGCUGCAUUAUUGAGCGAACAUUUUCUCGGUAACAGAAUGCUAGAAGUUAAGGUGGCCACACCAAAGCAGGAGGAAAUGAGAGCACCUUCAAAGAAAGUGACAAGGAUAUUUGUUGCUAGAAUUCCUCCUUCUGUUACUGAAACAACCUUCCGGAGCCAUUUUGAACAAUAUGGUGAAAUAAUUGACCUAUACAUGCCAAAGGAUCAUAGCUCAAAAACACACCGUGGAAUUGGAUUUAUUACGUUUUCCAGUGCAGAUUCUGUAGACAGUUUGAUGGCUGAUAAUCAUGAAUUGGGAGGUGCUACUGUAGUUGUUGAUCGAGCAACGCCGAAGGAAGAUGAUUUCAGACCAGUAGGAAGAGUGUCUCAUGGUGGAUAUGGUGCAUACAAUGCAUAUAUUUCUCAAGCAACUAGAUAUGCUGCCCUUGGUGCUCCUACCUUAUAUGACCAUCCAGGUCCAGUGUAUGGAAGAGAACCUUAUCGAGGGAUGAGUAAGAAAAUUUUUGUUGGCAGGCUUCCUCAGGAAGCCACUCCUGAAGAUUUGCGCCAGUAUUUUGGCAGAUUUGGCCACAUAUUAGAUGUUUAUGUUCCUAAAGAUCCAAAGAGAACUGGCCAUAGAGGUUUUGGAUUUGUAACUUUUGCUGAAGAAGGAGUAGCAGAUCGUGUUUCUCGAAGGACUCAUGAAAUUUGUGGACAUCAGGUUGCCAUAGAUUCAGCUACACCAAUUGAUGAUGCUGGCCCAAGUGAAAAUUUCACGAUGAAUAGUUAUCCAUCUUUUGGCGGCUAUGGUGGUCCUAUGCGCAACUUUGGCAGGAUGUACGGAAGCCUGGACUAUGAUGACUGGGGUUAUGGAAUGAGGAGCGCAAUGGGGAGUGCAAUGGGGAGUUCGAGACCUUCAAGAGCAGAUUGGCGGUACAGGCCUUACUAAAUGGUUGUAGCCUUGAAGAACUUGCUCGGCCUCUUUGUGGCGUCAACAGAAUGUGCAGUAUUUAAUCUGAAACUUCUUUUAAAAUAGUAGAACAAUAAUUUGCAGACUAUAUUUAUGUAUUGUAAUUCUCGGAACUUCAUCACUGCAUUUUCAAUGUCAAGCUGUUCAUAUGUUUGUUGUGGUGACAUGUAGCUUAGUUAGCUUGAUUGAAAAUGUUACGAUUCACAAACUUUGUUGUAUUGUAUGGUAUUUAUUGUUUGAACAUUUCAUAUUAAAUUGAUUUUUGCUACAAGAGCAAACUUAUGCA